AUGGCUACUUCUACUACAACCAGAAAGAAAAAGAAGCUAGUUUACAAACAAGAUUCAGAUGGAGUUUUCAGAUUGAAAAAAGUUGAUGAUAACGGGAAUGGUAAUAUAUCAAUAGACAGCAAUGAGUAUCUACUGAGGAAAGCAAGAGUAGAUAAUUAUCUCAAUGAGUUAAUGGAUUGUUCAUAUACCGUUGAUGGCGAUCCGGACUCCGUUGGCAGACAAAGAUCUAAAACAGUAUCAAAUGAGAUCAAUUCCCAAUUGGGUAAUAAAUCAAAUGAUUGUAAACAAACCGAAAAAGUUCUAAAGCCGCACACAAGUAAAGUAAGAUCAAAUUCACUGCCAACUUAUUCCUCCUCUUUGCUGAGCACCGACUCCAGCACAAGAUCUUUAGCUAAUCCACCACCCUCAUCUUCAAUCCAUAGGAUGGCUCAAUUGAAACAAACUCAAAAAGAUUUCAAGUCAUUUCAUGUACCUAGCUUCUUAAUAGGAGUGAUAUUAACAGCAAUUGCCGCUGCAUUUAAAGAGCAGCUAACUCGACUUACAGUAGGAUUGAUAGCUUGUGGAAUUGCGUUGGUACUUCUCGUUGUAUGCGGUAUUACAGGUGCACUUUAUUUGGGAUUCAUUAAACAAGAGGACAUAAAGAUAUUCAAUCUGUUGAGCACAUACUUGCGGGAAUUACAGCAAUCAUCUGAGAUAAUUAGCAAGGAGUAUAAUAAGAGAGACGAUGUGAGUGAUAUUAUUCAGCAUUAUACCGGAAACGAUGGUCGACGCAAGUCGAGAGAGUCAUUAACCACAAGUCUUAGCAACGGCGAACAACAAUCAGUUACAACUAAACGCCGCAUGUCAAAUAUUAAAGCCACACCAUACAGAUUUGACAGACCUGUGGAGUCAUUGAAUUCAUCAGUGGAGAACAUUAAGUCUAAUCGCCAACUAAAGCAAAAUUACACAAUGGGGAAUAACAGUACCCCCAAUUUUGCAACCGAUUCACAAGACCCGUUACACAACAUCCCAGCAUUGAACAGAAUCAAUACAGAACCAAUACAGUCUUCGAAAAAUAGAUGUAAACUGACCUCCCCACCUUAUCCUGUAAAUAAAUCACAGAGACCACGGUUUGAUUCUGUUCAAACAGCCAAUUCAGCAAAAAACCUACCAUCGUUACCAUCUGAAGAGCUUCCAUUUAUCAAUGAAGUUAAGCUAAUUGACUCAAUGGAACAACAAGCACUAUAUGAUCAGGAUAGUGAAAAUGAUUAUGUCUCCUCAUUGCUUGUUGAUAACCACUUUAGCAGACGAGGCUGCUCCCCAACUAGACAACAAUCAAUAUUGGGUACCACUGCCAAUUACGAAAAGUUUGUAGCUAAUGUAGACCAUUGA